ACUAUUUUCCAGGAGGUCCAGCGGAAAGGGAAGACAAGUGUUCCUGCAGGGAGGUGGCCCAGCCUGCUGAGUCUAACCUGUCCACGCAGUAGCUGCAGCGGCAGUGAGGCCUCAUUAUCCAGCGCCUCUACUGAGUACUCCAGUGGCUCACACACUUGGGCAGAAGGACAUCGCUCCUCCAAGCAGGUCAGUCUCCCAGUCUGAAUAAACAAAUUGCGUAAAGUGAGGUAAUUUUUCAUAAAUUACUAUGUAGGAUGGAUCCUCAACGUUCAUCAAGAAAUUCCAAUGUCUUUAUUUUUGUUGUUGUAGACAACUAAAUUGUCUUUCUCUUUUGUCACAGUCUGCGAUAAGCCGGGAGAAAAGGAUGAGCGCAGGGUCAGUGUCCAGUAAUCACUCUGUCCCAGCAGAGCAACCAGAUCUAAGCUGGAAGGAGGGCCACAUUCUGAAGGGCCUGAAGAGGCUCCAAAUGCGCAGCCCAGCUCCCAAGGAGACAUCUUCACUCGUCUCUAAGUCACAUUUCAAGGACUGCAUGACCUCCAAUGAGGCCAUAUACUCUCUAGGGGUAAAGGGUGGGCCCCAGGGGGUAGUGCCCAAAUUGGCAUUGGCAAAGGGAAAGCCUUUCAAGCCAGGAGCAGGAGUCUGUACCUUAAUCUCUGACUCAGACGAUGCAGAUGAUGAAUCGCCUCAAUCCCCAGCCUGGGAGUCCUGUGACCAACCCAUUAAAGAGACUCUCCAACUGGAAGGAGAGCCUCCGUCUGAAUUGGGAACGGCACAAGGGGGAAAGAGCUCUACGGGCUACAACUCCCAAGAGGAGCCUGUAAGACUCGUAAGAAGUCCCAGCAACUCCUUCUCACCUAUCAAAGAUGUCUUCUUGCACGAGGGUCCCACACUGAAGCCUGGACUCAGCCCAACGGCGAGCCCUACCACUAUGAGUGGACUUGAGAGUAAAAACUGGAUAGACAAAGACAAGCGGUCUGCCUUUACAGAGUGGAACAUUAGGGAGAGUUACAAUUUGAGGCCAGAGAGUGUUAAACAGCCACAAAAUAAAGUUGCGGUCAAACAUCUAGAGGCACGGGCUAAGGAAGUGAGUCUACCCAUUCGGUGUGCAGCAGCCAGAGCUCUGAGUUGGGUUAGUGAGGCCAGACAGCGCAGUGCUUCCAUGGAUACAAAGCAGUACAGAGAGCCGAACAGCCAGGGUGGAGUUGAUACCAAGGACUACACCAUUUUGGAGUCCCGACAGAGGAAAACAAAGCCUAAGGCCUGCGACUCAGCAAGGAAGGCCUUUAUCCUCCGAAGCAAGAGUGCGGACGGAGGUCCAGACCAGGCCAAGCUGCAUCAGCCCCUACAUCAGAAACUUGUAAAAGUCAAUCAAAGGGCCAAGAACCGCUCAAACCCUCCUGGGCCCAGUGGCACUCACACAAAGAUUAACCUCAGCAAGGCACCAGGUCCAGCUAAGGCAUCAGUACAAAUUGCUGAGAAAGGUGAGACUGCUACUGGUGCAAGAACUUCAGCGCCCCUUGAGAGUACAGUACAGGGCUCCCCCUCUUCUUCCCCUCAGAAACUGGUCAAAGUAUUUGAGCCACCUGUGCUGAAUGAUUGCCCCAAGAGCGCAUCUAAAGUAUCCCAAACAGUAUCCAAACUCCCAUCAAGAAACGACUGUGGGGUAAAAGGCCCCAACUCCAAAAAUGCAGCUGGCUCUCCACUUAAACAGAGGCAGCAAGACCAGCACUCGGAUUCCCCUUGCAAUGAUAUCAGGUCCCCUUCACCUCCACUCCCACCAGGUCGGACCACCUCCCUACUGAUUCAAACUGGUUAUGACUCCUUACCUCAGGCGCAUAAGCCUGUGGUUCAGCCCCAAACCUCUAGCACCGUGAAGGCAACCACUCGUAGCAUCAAACCUCAGUCAAGUCAUCAUUCAUCUGUUUUACAAAUGCAACCUCAAGCCCCCAACAAAAUGCAAGACACUCGUCAUAUGGCUCCCAAAAUGGGUGUUGAGGUGAAAAAGUCACCGAAACGGGUCCCUGCCAAAGUCUACCAUCCCUUACCAACUUCUACCCCUAUUCAAGAAUCCAAGGAAACAGACUCGUCCCAAUCCUCAAUGAGCAGGACUGUGGCACAAGCCUCCCAUCAGCAAAAUAGUGUCCCCUUUGUGGUGCCAAAUCAGGACAGCUUACCUGUGUCCCAGCAAGGCAAUGGUGAGCCACAAAGUACAGAGCCCUUACCUCAGGCCUCAGAAUCUCUUCUUUGCCAUGACAUAGUUAGUAACUCUCAACAUUCUGUGACCAGGGCAGUAAAUGCAUCCCUUCCUGUUGGCUCCAAAACCAAUGAGACAACCCCAAAGCUGGGCAACAACUUUGCAGUUAUCACGGCUACAAAGGGAGUGCAGACUUUUGACACCUCCAACCAGGACACCCACACACGUCCAAUGAUGCACUGUGUCAAUGCAGCUGUAGCCAAGGCCAAAGCCAGGAGAAAGCUUGAGACCCGCUGUAGCUCACUAGAGGAGCCUGCACUCCCACCUCCAGUGGCAGAAAAUUGUGUAACUUUGGACUGGGGAUUUGAUGAAGAGAGCUGGCUAUUCAAGCGCUCGGUCUCAGUCUCGACCCGGCAUCCUCUCCAUCCGGUUAUGGGCAUGAACGGAGCAAAGGCACGCAGUCAAAGCUUCGGGGCACGCUACAUGGACAGACCGAACAUCAGCAGGUCUGGAAAAGUCCGUACUCACAUCAAAACUAACUUAGGAAGCUCUUUGAAUUCUCUUGGUGAUGUAUUUCGGGGUAGUAUGAGUUGCUCCAAUAGCUACCAUUGUCCAAUGAACAGAUCCCACAUCAACAAAUUCAUGAUUGAGGAAGACUUGCCAAUACCUCUGCAUCUGGAGGCUUCCAGUGAUCAAUUUGGUCUCAAACACCAGAGGGUAAACUCAUUAUCACAUCUCCAGACUGAGAAACAGUAUCCUAGCACCUUUUGUGAACGCAUCCAUGGGGAACAAGAGAGACAGUCAACAAUCUCCACCAUUGAGGAGAAGGUCAUGAUGGGAAUCGAGGAGAAUUUGCAGAAAUCUCAGCAGCAGGAGAAGACAACUGAAACUAAGCAGAAAUCCGGUUCACUGGCAAACUGGUUUGGAUUCCGCAAGAGCAAGCUCCCUGCUCCGAGAGGUAAAAAAGGAGAUUCUCCAAAGGGAAAGGAGGAGAAGAAGGAACCAAAGCUUGGAUCUCUCUUGGGUGGGAAGCAGGCAAAGUCCGACAAAAUGAAGGAGAGGAGGAAAAGUGAAGGUCAUCGAAUGGAUGGGUAAGGCUUUUAUAAUGCUGAGGUGGGGUAGCUGAGAAGUCAUGUUCACUGUUUUACUGCUGGGAAAAUAAUGUUUAUGAGGCUUCAAGCCAAUGUAACUUCUCAUUCAUUACAAAAAUAACCUUGCUUUAAUGUAAUGCAUUGGUCAUAUUUACCAAAGGCCGAAAUCUACUGUCACUUUUCAGUGAAAGUUGAUUUUUGAUAUUGGCUUCAGUAAUGAUUAAAAUCAAUAAAAUCCAACAUCAGUAUCUCGGCUUAAAACUACUAAGUUCUCAAUUUUGAGUCAUACCUCAUGUACACUGAACCAUCACAACUUGACUGAACCAUCAAACAGAUCUCUUCAUAUCUUUCCAUGAGGUGAUUUGCUGCCCCAGAUAGCCUAAGCCAUUUUUAUCAAGCGCUGUUUGAAACAUGUAUCACUCCACUAAGCCCCGAGACCAGUUCAGACACAUUUUAUACCCAUAUAGCAUAGCGAGGUAUGCAGUGGCUUCACAUUAUCAUCUAUUAUCUGAAACACCCUGGGCAUGUUGAGUCAGUAUGAAAGACUUGUAGAUUAUAGUGGUAGAGUGAAAACCUGUUUUAUUUCAGCUCGGUUGGGAAAAGAGACUCCAAAGAUGCAUUGCUCCUCUGCCUUUCGAUGGCCUCCCAGGGAGCCCCAAGUAACAGCAACAUGCAAGGACAAACCGCCAUCUGUGGGGACACAAAGGUACAUUCAAUUAUUACCUGACAUGAGGAGAAGGACUGUGUUAUCGGUUUAGGGUCCAUUUUAUGUAGAUUUCAGUCAACGCAGGGAUUAAAUUGAACUUGGAAUUAGAAUUGAGAACUGUUCAAUUAACCUUAUGGGCAUUUUCCCAUACAAAUUCUAUGUCCAAUUCAAUUCCUGAAUUGACUGGAAAAUGUAUUGACCAUAACUCUACAAUGUGUCCAUUUCAUGUCUAAUGAUUCAGUUAUGGGAUAUGCAUGCAAGGUCCCAUCUAAUGGAAAAAUAGAGAUGUGAGAUUAAUUCAAAGGGAAAAGGGGUGGGUGACAGAAAGAAAGGAAAAUAUGAGAAGAAUAUAAAGGACCCAGGAAGAAAUGUGGCAUAUCAGAUAGGGUGAAAGACAAAAAAGACAAGAAGGGAGAGAAGGUGAAUAGGGAGAGAAAAUUGUAACAAAGAAUAAUAAACAAAUAAACACCACAGCUUCUGGAUAUCAGAACAGUGAUUACUCACCUCGAACUGGACAAAGGUUUUUUCUUUAACGAGUCGGACGCAAAGGAUUUACUCCAGAGACCGGACCAGGCCCAAAUCCCUGUCAUUUGCAUGAAGAAAAGACGCCGAUACAGGGGACGCAGGUCCAGGUGCCUUGUGAGAAUUCGUCGGCGAGUGGGUAACCCACCGCUACCAUCCGUCCUAUUGGCCAAAGUGCAAUCAUUGGAGAAUAAACUGGAUGAGCUCCAUUCAAGACUAUCCUACCAAUGGGACAUUAAAAACUGUAAAAUCUUAUGUUUCACCGAGUCGUGGCAGAACGAUGACUUUGGAUGAUAUACAGUUGGCUGGUUUUUCCGUGCAUCGGCAAGACAGAACAGCUGCCUCUGGUAAGACAAGAGGUGGCGGUCUGUGUCUAUUUGUCAAUAACAGCUGGUGCACAAAAUAAAAUAUUAAGGAAGUCUCUAGGUUUAGCUAGUCUGAGGUAGAGUAUCUCAUGAGAAGCUGUAGACCACACUAUUUACCAAGAGAGUUCUCUAGAUCUAUAUUUUUCGUAGCUGUCUAUUUAACACCACAAACCGAUGCUGGCACUAAGACCGCACUCAACGAGCUCUAUAAAGCCGUAAGCAAACAAGAAAACGCUCAUCCAGAGGCGGAGCUCCUAGUGGCCGGGGACUUUAAUGCAGUGAAACUUAAAUCCAUUUUCUAUAAUUUCUAACAGCAUGUUACAUAUGCAACCAGAUUUUAAAAAAAACUCUAGACCACCUUUACUCCACACACAGAGACGCGUAAAAAGCUCUCCCUCGCCCUCCAUUUGGCAAAUCUGACCAUAAUUCUAUCCUCCUGAUUCCUGCUUACAAGCAAAAACUAAAGCAGGAAGUACCAGUGACUCACUCAAUACAGAAGGUGUCAGAUGACCCAGAUACUAAGCUACAGGACUGUUUUGCUAGCACAAACUGGAAUAUGUUCUGGGACUCAUCCGAUGGCAUUGAGGAGUAUACCACAUCAGUCACCGGCUUCAUCAAUAAGUGCAUCGAUGUCAUUGUCCCCGCAGUGACUGUACAUACAUACCCCAACCAGAAGCCAUGGAUUACAUUUUAGUCAUUUAGCAGACGCUCUUAUCCAGAGCGACUUACAGUUAGUGAGUGCAUACAUUUUUCAUACUGGCCCCCGUGGGAAACGAACCCACAACCCUGCCGUUGCAAGCGCCAUGCUCUACAACUGAGCUACACGGGGGUUUAAAGUUAUAUUUUUUAGUGAUCCAAUUGACAUUUUAUAAUUUAGCAGAUGCUCUUAUCCAGAACGACUUCCAAUUAGUGAGUGGAUACAUUUUUCAUACUGGCCCCCCGUGGGAAUCGAACCCACAACCCUUGCGUUGCAAGUGCCAUGCUCUACCAACUGAGCUACAGGAGGUCCAGGCAACAUCCGCAUUGAGCUAAAGGGUGACACAAGCCUACCAGACAAGCUAAAUUACUUCUAUGCUCGCUUCGAGGCAAGCAACACUGAAGCAUGCAUUAGAGCACCAGCUGUUCCGGACGACUCUGUGAUCACGCUCACCGUAGCCGAUGUAAGACCUUUAAACAGGUCAACAUUCACAAGACCACAGGGCCAGACGGAUUACGAGGAUCUGUACUCCGAGCAUGCGCUUACCAACUGGCAAGUGUCUUCACUGAUAUUUUCAACCUCUCCCUGGCCGAGUCUAUAAUACCUACACGUUUCAAGCAGACCACCAUAGUCCCUGUGCCCAAGAACACCAAGAUAACCUGUCUAAAUGACUACCGACCCGUAGCACUCACGUCUGUAGCCAUGAAGCGCUUUGAAAGGCUGUUCAUGGCUCACAUCAACAUCAUCAUCCCAGUAACCCAUUCCAAUUUGCGUACCGCCCCAACAGAUCCACAGAUGAUACAAUCUCUAUUGCACUCAACACUGACCUUAUCCCACCUGGACUAAAGAAACACCUACGUGAGAAUGCUGUUCAUUGACUACAGUUCAGCGUUCAACACCAUAGUGCCCUCAAAGCUCAUCACUAAGCUAAAGACCCUGGGACUAAACACCUUCCUCUGCAACUCGAUGCUGGACUUCCUGACGGACCGCCCCCAGGUGGUAAGAGUAGGCAGCAACACAUCUGCCAAACUGAUCCUCAACACAAGGGCCCCUCAUGGGUGCGUGCUUAGUCCCUUCCUGUACUCCCUGUUUACCCAUGAUUGCGUGGCCAAGCACGACUCCAACACCAUCAUUAAGUUUGCAAACAACACAAUGGUGGUAGGCCUGAUCACCGACAACGAUGAGACAGACUAUAGGGAGGAGGUCAGAGACCUGGCAGUGUGGUGCCAGGACAACAACCUCUCCCUCAACAUGACCAAGACAAAGGAGAUGAUCGUGGACUACAGGAAAAGGAGGACCGAGCAUGCCACAUUCUCGUCAACGGGGCUGUAGUGGAGCAGGUUGAGAGCUUUAAGUUAAUUGGUGUCCACAUCACCAACAAACUAUCAUGGUCCAAACACACAAAGACAGUUGAGAAGAGGGCACAACAACGCCUAUUCCCCUCAGGAGACUGAAAAGAUUUGGCAUGGGUCCUCAGAUCCUCAAAAGGUUCCACAGCUGCACCAUCGAGAGCAUCCUGACUGGUUGCAUCACCGCCUGGUGUGGCAACUGCUCGGCCUCCGACCGCAAGGCGCUACAGAGGGUAGCGCGUACGGCCCAGUACAUCACUGAGGCCAAGCUUCCUGCCAUCCAGGACCUCUAUACCAGGCAGUGUCAGAGGAAGGCCCUAUAAAUUGUCAAAGACUCCAGCCACCCUAGUCAUAGACUGUUCUCUCUGCUACCGCACGGCAAGCGGUACCGGAGUGCCAAGUCUUUUUUUUUACGCUGCUGCUACUCGCUGUUUAUUAUCUAUGCAUAGUCACUUUACCCCUACCUACAUGUACAUAUUACCUCAAUUACCUCGACAAACCUGUACCACCACACAUUGACUCGGUACUGGUAACCCCUGUAUAUAGGCUUGUUAUUGUUAUUUUAUUGUUGCUCUUUUAUUUUUUACUUUAGUUUACUUAGUAAAUAUUUUUCUUAACUCUUAACUGCAUUGUUGGUUAAGGUCUUGUAAGUAAGCAUUUCACGGUAAGGUCUAUAUCUGUUGUAUUCGGCGCAUGCGACAAAUAAAAUAUGAUUUUAUUUAAUUUGACCUCCUGUGGUAUUGAUCACUCCAACACAUGCUCACAUGCACACUAACAUGGAUGAGAUACUGGAGAUACUUAAUCUACACUGAACAAAAAACAUAAACUCAACAUUUAAAGUGUUGGUCUCAUGUUUCAUGAGCUGAAAUGUUCCAUACACACAAAAAGCUUAUUUCUCUCAACUUUUGUGCACAAAUUUGUUUACAUCCCUGUUAGUGAGCAUUUCUCCUUUGCCAAGAUAAUCCAUCCACCUGAGAGGUGUGGCAUAUCAAGAAGCUGAUUAAACAGCAUUAUCAUUACACAGGUGCAGCUUGUGCUGGGGACAAUAAAAGGCCACUCUAAAAUGUGCAUUUCUGUCACAUAACACAAUGCUACAGUUUUGAGCGAGCAUGCAAUUGUCAUGCUGAUUGCAUGAAUGUCCACCAGAGCUGUUGCCAGCUGUUGCCAUGCCUCCAACGUUGUUUUAGAGAAUUUGGCAGUAUAUCCAACCAGCCUCACAACCGCAGACCACGUGUACGGGAAUGUGUGGGCGAGCAGUUUGCUGAUGUCAACGUUGUGAACAGAGUGCCCCAUGGUGGCAGUGGGGUUUUGGUAUGGGCAGGCACAAGCUAUGGACAACGAACACAAUUGCAUUUAUCGAUGGCAAUUUUCAGCAUGAUAAUGCACGGCCCCAUGUCGCAAGGAUCUGUAUACAAUUCCUGGAAGCUGAUAAUGUCCCAGUUCUUCCAUGGCCUGCCUACUCACCAGACAUGUCACCCAUUGAGCAGGUUUGGGAUGCUCUGGAUCAACGUGUACCAAAGUAUGUUCCAGUUCCUGCCAAUAUACAGCAAUUGAAGAACAGUGGGACAACAUUCCAUAGGCCACAAUCAACAGCCCGAUCAACUCUAUGUAAAGGAGAUGUGUCGCACUGCAUGAGGCAAAUGGUGGUCACACCAUAUACUGACUGGUUUUCUGAUCCACAACCCUCCUUUUUUCUUUUAAAGAUAUCUCUGACCAACAGAUGCAUAUCUGUAUUCCCAGUCCUGUGAAAUCCAUAGAUUAGGGACUAAUGAAUUUAUUUCAAUUGACUGAUUUCCUUAUAAAGUGUAACUCAGUAAAAUCUUUGAAAUUGUUGCAUGUUGCGUUUAUAUUUUUGUUCAGUGUAGAUACUGAGGAAAAUCUAUGGACUAUUUUUGAUUUGUACAAACAUUCACAAGCAGUCUUGAUAAUAGAGUGAUCAAUAGAAUAAAAAUUGCUUGGAAGUAUUUUCAGGUGACAGUCCAUCAUUGUCCUGAUGUGAUUCAGAUAAAUAUUGUUUACCUGUUGCAUGGAUAAAUGAUCAGAUAGUCUAGACAGCUAAAAUGGCAAUUGAAUUACAGUUUAUUAUAGGCCUAUCAGAGAUUUUCCCACCAAACUUAAGACAGCCGUUGUUCAAUUACAUUACCAGGGGUGAAAAUAAGUCAAAACUAUCAAGUUGUCAACUGGCCAAAUUGACUUCUUGCUGGUUCACAAACUUUUGUGAGAUUGUGCUUUACAAAGAACUGAAAUCAUGUCUUAACAUAGAGGAUUGCAUGAAAGAGGAACAUUUAGUCAGUCAAUCAGGGACUCUCUGCCUUUUAAGGAAUAGAUUCAUACCACUCUAUAAUCAUAGAUUCAAACCAUCAUGGUAGAUUAAAAUUAAAUAUAAACCAUGUAAUCACAAGUAUAGGCAACUCAUCUAUUGCUUUACAAUUCACAUAUCCCAAUAUAGUCCCCUGUUCCUUUCAUGUAUAAUUAUUUUUUCUUCUUGCUACCACAAACAGACAAAAACACAGAGGAUGAACAGGGCUGAUAACGACAAAGGAGCUACAUUGAAGAGCCCCAGUGAAGAUCACUUGAUU